AAUAGCCACAUUAGCUAGCUGAUGUUUGAUCACACCAGCCUGCCAUAGAGCUGGCAACCUCCAUAGACAAACCUGUUUGUGUCCCAGCUGCGUGCGCUAGCUUGUGUUAGCUAGCUAGCAAGCUAACGAAGUAGAAUGAGAAUGUGCUACUUAACGGCUAGCUAAAUCUAAAUGCAAAACAAUAACUUGGUUGCCACGUUACGCUUCCACAGUAAAUAUAUAAGUUACAUUCACAAGCCGAAUCCGAGUUUGCUUGAAUAGCCUACCCUCCAUGUCUGAACAGUUUUAGUGGAACGCUAUUAAUGAUUGCUUCGUAAUGCAGGCAAGAGGAACCCCACAGUCCAUCAUUUCAGCCCAGAUGCAGUCUCAAUCCCACUCCCUGGUGCCCGGCAGUAACAGUGUGGGCUCCAGUGCCCCUUCUGGCUCCAUGGUGCAGGUGUGCUUCCCUAGUGUUCAGACUUCUGUGCUGGAGAGCUUGAACAGACAGAGGGAGGAAGGACAGCUCUGUGAUCUGUCCAUCCAGGUGCAGGGACAGGUGUUCAAGGCCCACCGCUGUGUUCUGGCUGCAUCCUCACCAUACUUCCAUGACCAGGUGUUGCUGAAGAAUAUGUCAACCGUCUCAAUUCCGGCUGUCAUGGACCCCCUGGCCUUCGAGAGCGUGCUCUCGUGUGCUUACACGGGCCAGCUGCGAAUGCUCCGCGAGGACAUCGUCAACUACCUGACUGUGGGCAGUGUUCUACAGAUGUGGCACAUUGUGGACAAGUGCACCGAGCUGCUGAAGGAGGGGAGGGCAGCUGGAAGCAGGGCCCUGCUGGGGCAGGCUGGAGGGGGGGAAGGCCUUAGGAACCCUGGCUGUAGCAGCAGUGCUGGUGGUGGUGGUGGAGGAGGGUUACCAGAGGUCCAGCGUGGAGGCUCAGACCCCCAGACAGUCCCUCCACAGACCAGUCGGCCCUCCCUGAGUGAGAGCCAGUCCCCCAGCAGCACCAACUACUUCAGCCCCAGAGAAGCACCCUUCGGUGGGGGACCGGCAGUGGUGGAGGCCCCGGGGGAGGGGGGAGGCUCCAACACUACCCCCAGCUACUGUGAUCCAUCAGGGGGAGAGGCCUUCCUCAUUGAGGAGGAAGAGGAGGAGGAAGAGGAAGAGGAGCUCCUCUACUCCAGGAAGAGAGAGAGAAGGAGUGGGAGGAGGAAGCGAGCGAGGGAGGCGUCCGACCUGGAAGUGGGCGUCAGCGACAGCUUCGGGGUUUCGUCCUAUCAGGACGGAGAUUCCUCUCCUUCGCUGAAGCGUCCGGCCUACAGCCAGCCCAGCAUCAUGCCCCGGAAGCAGUGGGUGGUGGUGAAGACAGAGCAGGCGCAGGACGACGACCUCAUCGUCGUGUCCGGGGAGGAGGGGGCUGAGGAGGAAGAUGACGAUGACGAGGAGAGGGAGUUGGAGAUGAUGAGGGAGAGAGAGAGGACGUUUAACAUCUCCAACAUCAGGACCUUGGCCGGAGACCUAGCGCUGAGAGCAGAGACCGGGAUGGACACACAGGUGGACUACUGCCACUCUUCGGAAGACUACCUCAAGUUUGAUAGUGGCUUGUUGGACCAGACCCAAUCCCAGAACCUCCAGGACAGUUCUGGUCCCACGGGGGUCAGGUCAGUAUCAUCCCUGUUGGGCCAGGUCCAGUCUGCUGCUGCCAGGGCCCAACUCUACCCCUUAGACAUGCAGGGGAACCAGAUCCUGCUCUACAGCCAAGCCGCUCUGGAAACAGCACCCCCACUAGGCCUGGGAACUGGUAUAGUCCAGUCAUACAAGGGACCAAACCUAGAGCACGGAGCAGUCCACCUGUCGGGACAGGGGGGUUUGGGUGGCGGCAUGGACGGGAUGGAGGGAGGGGCCGGAGGAGGAGGAGGGCUCUCAGGAAAGGUGUUCAUGUGCCACUGUGGGAAGACCUUCACCCACAAGAGCAUGCGUGACAGACACAUCAACAUGCACCUGGACCUGCGUCCCUUCCACUGCCCCGUCUGCGCCAAGAAGUUCAAGAUGAAACACCACCUGACGGAGCACAUGAAGACCCACACAGGGCUGAAGCCCUACAACUGCCACAGCUGCGGGAAGAAGUUCAUGUGGCGGGACAGCUUCAUGAGGCACCGCUCCCACUGCGAGCGGAGAGGGGUAGGGAGAGGAGGAGGCGGGGGGGAGGGAGGGGGAGGAGGAGGGGAGGGGUCAGACGGAGGGGAGGUCGUGUCCCCGCCCCAGCCCUCUCACCCCCCCCUGCCUGGUGGCGAGGCAGGGCAAGGCAUUGUGGGUAGCAGGGCUGGAGUGUCCCUCCUGUCGUCUCACCACCUCAGUAUGUCCGCCGGCGGGGGGGUCGGCAACGCUGUGUCCUGUCUGAGCAUGUCCGGCGCAGGGACCAUCCUCGGGGUUAGCUCUCAGAGUUCGCAGGGUUCCUCCAUGUUUGGUGUCGGGGCGGGCCGAGGGGGUUGUGCGGAGGAAGUGUGUAAGGUCAGAGCGAACGACAACAGCGUCACAUAACAACCAAAGUAGAGACACCGCAAGUUAUAACCAUAAGCUAACAGUCCCUCCUGGAGCCUCCCAGAUGAUCGUUCAGUAAAACUUACUCUUAGGUACCUCUCUCAAUGACUGUUGGGUAGGACAUGGUGUAUGUCUUGUCAGAUAACCAAAUAUGAAGAGACAAUAAAUAACAGGUCCUUGUUAACUUUGUCAGAAAAAUGAUAGAAAUAUGGUGAAAGUAAUGGUCAAUGUGAGUGAUGUGAUUAAUUGCGGCAGUACCGCCUCUCUAAGCAAGAUAAUGCCUACAUUUCCUGUCAGUCAGUACUGCCAUUUUGUUUGACAUACACUUACUGUAUAUGGAUAAAUUGUACUAAAUUCUACUUUUAACAACAUAACUCCAACUCUACCAUUCCUGCUGCUAUUUGACCAUUCUCAUUCUUGUGUGCCAUUCAGAUUUCAAGUAUACGGUGACUGUAAUUCCAUAGAGUUACACUUUGUGAUGUAACAGCCUGGCAGAGGCAGUACUAGUAUGGUGUAUUUAGAACUCAAACUCAGCAGUGUUUUGUUGUUCAUACAUAGGACAUUAUAGACACGGUCUGAACAUCCUUAUUCAUCUCCGCUCUCAACUAUAGGAUCUGUGUGCAUGGCUUUAUAGAUACCAUGUGCAGUAGAGAAUUAUGUUUACCUUCUGAGAAGGUUUAGGAAAACUAUUUUUAAGCUGGACUGAAAAACAAGGGAUUUUCAGAAAGGACUUUUAAUUUACGUGCUGAUAUGUGAUUAAAAGGAACUUUUGAUGUGUGUUCCCUGGGAACUAAGACUACAAUGCACCCUUGGUGUCAUUAACAGUCAACUAAUUCUUUGUCAUUUUCCACUUGCAUCAUUUACAUCUGAGGUAACGAUAUUGGCAACAGGUGAGUUAUUGUGACGAGCUAUAGCUACUGUCUUGUUUCAGUGCAAGUAAAAAUAAGUGGUGCAACCUUUUCAGCUUAUGUACAUUACUGCAUGCGUGAAUACAUGCAUGUCAUCUGUGUGCAUUUGCCUUAGACAAAUGACCACAUGGUUGAGCAAUCCACUUUUAUUACAAAAGGUUUUUACAAGAAAGAAAAGGUGCUUUCUAUAACAUACCCAACAUAUUAAAAGAAAUACAAAAAUAAAUGGUUCAUUCACCCCCUACAUAGAACACAUCCCCCUGUGCUUCUCUACUAGUUCAUUUCAAUACAAAGUCCCUAAAUGUCCCAGUGAACCUUGUUGUCCUCGAGGCAGGCUCUGAUUCCCAGAAACCCUGUCGCGUUCCUCAGUAUGACAGACUGCAGAUAGUACUAUAGCCCUACCAAGCUGGUACAUUGCCUGAAUAAUCUAAUCACUCAUUAUUGCAGUCUGUGUGGAUGUACACAGGCUUAAAUCAAGUGUUACAU